AUGAACAAACUCGGCGUUAGUACGGCAUCCUCCCUGGAUGAGAGUCACCCACAUGAUCGCCAAUCAACAGCCCCGAAGUCAACCCCCACGCGCCGAGCCCGGAAACAGCGCAUAUUUCUCAGCUGCGAGCCGUGCAGACGUUCCAAGCUCCGAUGUGACCGCCAACAUCCCUGUGGUACUUGCCGGCAGCGAAAUUGCCUUUCAGAAUGCUCUUUCCGCCGUCCCAACAACGCGAGUGUGGAGCGUGCGCGAUCGCGAACGCCGAGUCAGCCCCAGCCGGCCCUAGCAGCAGGAGGCACAGUGACACCCCCACUUCUGCAUUCAUCGGCUCAAAUCCUCCACGAAGAUCUUGUGGCACACCAGGCAUCGCUGUCUGAAACCCAAGACCCGCCCUCCAGCCAUGCCCGAUGGGAUGCAGUCCUGCAACGUCCUACCGUUGAUCGAGAUGAAACCUCAUCUGCCUUGGAGAGUUUAUUUGUGCCUCUCUCGGCUGCAUCUCAGGGCUCUAAGGAUUUUUUGAUACAGCAGUUACCAUCUAACAGCUUUUGUGAAUAUUUGAUCACGGAAUAUUUUACACAUUUGUCUCCGCUGUUUCACGUACUGCAUGGGCCGACAUUUGAAAAACAGUACGCAGCGUUUCUACAAAACCCCAGCAAGGCAACAUUUUCCUGGUUGGCACUGCUAUUCAUGAUAUGCUCCGUGACAUUGAAUGCUAUUGAUCCCGGGGACAUGGUCCUGCUGAAUGUACAUGCAGAGGAAUUGCAUGAUAACGACAUAUCUGCUACGGUUCAUCGGCUUCGGAGAAAUUCCUUGACCUGUCUUGCCGAGGACAAAUUCCUGAUCUGUCACGAUCUUAACACACUAGAGACUAUCUUGAUAUUGACGUAUUCUGUCUCUCAUAGUGAGGGUGUUGAGCGAGGAUGGAUAUUACUCGGCAUGGCUCUAAAUAUGGGGAUUGCACUACGUUGCAAUGUCAACUCAGAAGGCUUGAGCUGCAUUGAAACCGAACGACGCCGAAGAUGUUGGGCUGGUAUUCUCAUGCUCCACACCUACCAAGCUAUUCUCUUUCGUGAUGUUGAUAUGUCAUUUCUUCUCAACAUCAAGGCCGAGAUGCCAACGGAUGCUCAUGACAAUGAUAUUCACGAGAAUGGCAUCUUGCAGAGAACUUCAGGGCCUACACAGAUGUCUUUGAUGAAAUUCAAGCUACGGCUUUUCAAACUCUCAGCACAGAUUGGUAGCCAUAUCUCUGGACCCUCAAAACUCGACCAGCUUGCUUUGAAUUCUUUAGAUGCGGCGAUAGCCGCGGAGGAACGGCUAUGGGACUCGACCUUCCUGGUGAAUGGCCUUCCGAGUCUUUUGGAUCUCGCAAGCUAUGCCCACUGGUGUAUCCUCCAGACAUAUUCACAUCAACUAUAUCUACUUAUCCACCAGCCUUUUCACAACCCCCAACAUUCGACAUUCCUUGCCCCUUCACGAGAGCGGUGUAUCAAGUCGAGUUUUGCCUUGCUCAAUUUAUACCGUGAGUUUUACGAGCUGCCAAGACUUCGCCACUUCAGGUGGUUGGUCAGAGGCAUGACCACCUUAAACGCCCUUCACGGUGCAGUUGCGUUGGUAUCAUGUCUUUUGAGCAUGCCGUCCACAUUUGAUUCCACGCCGUACUGGAACGAAUUUAACGCAACAGUUACUCGCAUGGAGAAACUUCAAAACAGUAGCCCUGUCUGUACGAAGGCUUUCAAGAUCCUCGAACAUGUACAGCGUCAAAUAAGUACCGUGCGAGAAUCGAGCCCAAGCGUACGUGGAGAUUCUUGGGCAACAUUCGAAGGUUGGAUCGAUAGCCUGGAUUGGUUUAAUUGGGAUCCUGCAACCUUGGUAAAUAUUUGA